AUGAAGGACGUCACAGUGGCCGUGAUUGGGAACGUGGACAGUGGGAAGUCCACCCUGGUGGGUGUGCUCACCAAGGGCGGCCUGGAUGAUGGCCGCGGCUUGGCUCGGGCCAAGGUCUUCAACUUUUCCCAUGAAGCCGCCAAUGGACGUACGAGCAGCAUCGCGCAGGAGAUUAUGGGCUUCAAUUCCGGUGGCGAUCAGGUGCUGAUUGAGCGCAUGGCCAACACCACGGCCAACUCGAGGAACACCACCUGGCAGCAGGUGAUGGAGAAGUCGGAGCGGCUGGUCACCUUCAGUGACCUCUGUGGCCAUGAGAAGUACCUGAAGACCACGAUCUUCGGACUGGUGGGGCAGUGCCCAGACUAUACCAUGAUCAUCGUGAACGCCAACGCUGGCUUCCAGCGCAUGUCCCGGGAGCACCUGGGCAUUGCGCUGGCCUUGCGAAUACCCUUCUUUAUCGUCGUCACCAAGAUCGACAUCGCGCCACAGAACGUCUAUGAGGAGAACCUCAUGCAGCUCCACAAGAUUGUGAGGUCCAAUGCCGUGAAGCGGCAGCCGCUGGUGGUCAAGGAGCCGGAGGAGCUGGAAGGCGCGGCGCGCGGCAUCUACCAGAAGGAGGUGUGUCCCAUCUUCUGCAUCUCCAGCGUCACGGGAGAAGGAGCGAAGCGCUGUGUGACAGCGAACACGGAGCACAUCCGGCAACUGUCGCCUGCAUUGCCCCAGACGGUGGCACUGAGGGUGGAGUCAACCACGGCCCACGCAGCAUGUUUCAAACGUGACCGUUUGUACUUCAUGGCAGACAGUGGCCUCUUUAGACCGCCCAGCAGCCUGGGGCUCAGCCCAGCGGAGUUCCACAUCGACUCCAUCUAUGUGGUGCCAGGUGUUGGACUCGUUGUGGGUGGAGUGGUCCGUGGGGGAGCCCAGCGACUUCGGACACGCGAGCUGAACUGGACCUUUUCCCGAGUCCGUGCCGAGCCGCUGGAGUUGGAUUUCUAUACCAACAACUACUGGAUUUGGGGUGGCACCACUGUGAUCCUGGCGGGCUUUGCCCUGGCACAACUCACCAGAGAGAUCCCCGAGGGCACGCAUCCUGUGCUAGAGUAUAGCUAUUUGGCCUUCACUACACUCUGCUUGAGUCUGGAUCUCUGCAUCGUCACCUGGACGGUGCUGGUUUGCACCUGGGGCCCUGGAAAUGCGUUGCGUGGGCCGGACGGUAUGAGCUCCUUCCAUGACACGGUGACCCUCUUGAAGGAUGAGCAAAUGUCGAUCUACUAUGCCUUUGUCGUGAGCAUCGUGUUCGCCACAGUUCGCCACAUGAGAGACGCUGUUGCAGUGUCGACAGUGCCCCACCGUCGACAUGAACGGCCAGAGGUGACCAACACUGUGGGCACGGCCGUGCUGUUGCUGUCGCUCAUGAUCCUGUUGCGCUUCCUGCUGCGCUUGGAACAACAGGUGGGCACGGUGGGCAAUUCCCACGACGACGAUGGGCGCAUCCAAAAUCUCCGGCCCUUUGAGCACGUGGGGGAUCUGGAUGAGUGA